AUGCCACUCACUACAGAAACCAGCUCAGGCAUCCAUUUGAACUAUAACAAUCAUGAGAUACAACGCUCUUUUGUUGCAAAUUUGUCUGCUUUAGGUUUUUCGACCUGCAAGCCAAUAAAUAAUAAUAGCAGCCCAUUGGCAAGCAAACUCUCUCAGCUUCCCAUUUCAAACGGAGACCUGACGGAGAAUUUUUUCCUUCAACCUGUUGGAACAUUAGCUCAUGCAGCAAAAUGCACGGUUGACGCUUCUUCUGUGCUGUUAAACAUGUCCUCCUCAAUGCUUGGAGAUUUUGGUGACCAUAAGCUGGCCAGUGAUGAGAGUAGCACAGAUUUUACUGGACCUCAAGAUCAACAUUGCAAUGGUUUUUCAUUAACUUGUUUGCCACAAGUAAUGCAAGAGAAUGCUGGUGAUAAUGCAUUGAUAAAGAAUCCGAACGCGACACAUAUGGAUGAUCAGUGGGAGACAGUUCGUUCCAUUGGAUUACCCUUCAGUUUGCCUGUGAGUGUAGGUGAUGCUUGGACGCCAAACUUGCUUUGGGAUUCUUCCUCAUGUCCUAUUGAGAUGUCCACAAGUUUUUCCACAAACUAA